GUUCAAAUUCCACUCUCCAGCCAAAACAAGCCCUUCCUCAUCUAAUGCGUUAUUCAAGGGCUCUUAAUAUUGGUCUUUCGACGGAAAUUUUUGUGCUUCUCUUUAAUUGAUUUAGUGUUGAUUCCAGCCUCAUGGAACUCGGGACUUUUUUAAGUUGAAUCGGCACAUGACACACGAAAUAAUCGACCUUUGAAACCACGCGUCGUCUCAUCUUCACCCACCACAGAGCGUCUAAGCCAAACAAACAGUUGUAUCUCAACUUCCAUUGACUAAUCUUCUUGUUGAAGUCUUAGAAACAAAACUAGUUAUCCCUUACCAUAUGGAUUGGUAAUGCUGUAGCAGCAUGCAAAGAUGCCUCUAUCUCCAAACCCUUCAUCGAGCUACCCGUAGUCGACUCGCCAAUCCUCCCCACAGACCAUGGCAGCGACUCUAUAGCAUCCGGAGCCAUGACCGUGUUCAAGUCCGAUGCGGUUCAGCUGGCCAUGUGAGCAUUGACCUCAUCAACAUUACUGAGCAGCCAGACUCUCCACUCUUCAUUCAACUCCCAGCUUCACCCGUGGAUGGUAAUCAACCUCCCCAUAUCCCCAGAUUUCUCCAAGGGAAGCCGCUUGCCAGCAUCAACUAUCGUUGGAACUUCUUCGACGAUGAGUCGAGUGAAACUGCUCCAGUCGACGAUGUCUGGCCAACGCCAAUCCACGAUACCUUCUUCGCCUAUCAGUGGAUAGUCGAGAAUCUUGCUCCAGAAGGUCUCAAGAGGCGUAAUAUCUAUGUCUAUGGCUCUCAUCUAGGCGCAAGUCUCGCUUCAUCUCUGGCACUCUCGGAGUCACGACCGCACAAACCAUUUGCGGUCCGGGGUUUGGUGGCAUAUAACGGAAUCUACAAUUGGACCAUGUUCUUCCCGGACCAUCCAGCAAAUCAGCUCGGAAAGUAUGCAAAUAACAGAACCAACUACUACCGGCCUCGAGAGGGAACGUACGUGCACUACCUUCAGCAGAACCUACCGAUCUUCUUCCAGUCAACGGUCGACAUGUUCGAUGUCUUCGCCAGCCCAAGCCUCUUCUUCCACAAUCCAGGAUUAAAAGUUCCUUCGUCUUACCACCUGUCGGAAGAAGAGUCUGCAGCCAUCGAAGUCCUGACCAACCCGAAUGCCGAGUUCAAUAUGAAAGAAAAGACACCACGUAUGUCGAGGCUGGUGUUUCCGCCCCGCAAAUCGACGCUCAAGAUCCCCGAGACACUUCUGCUGUACGACACACUUCCUGUGCCGACAGCGACGAACAGAUCGGGCCGGCCAUUUGGUGGGAAACAGUGGGGAAACAGCUUAGAGCUGCAAGCGCGCGAACUGGGCGAGAUGAUGCAGCGAAGUAUCCAGAUGGUCGAGCUGAAGGAGAGAGGAUACUGGGACGCGGAUGUUGGGAUGUGGGAGAAUGAGCCACGUCGACGGGUCAAAAUGGAACAUGCUGGGGAAGAGUCGGAGGAUAUGGUGAUGGAUUCAAAGGGAGAGAAGGUGGUGGAAGAGUGGUUGACAGAGAGACUGUCACCAUAGAAUCGAUCUCAUGAUCACGUAGGUAGCAAUACAUAGAUAGACAUGUACAGUACAAGCAACACAUGCAGCAAUAGUUCGAAUGUUGGUUGAUAAAGAGUUGCCCUAUUUUGGGGUAGCACAGCGCUAAAGCAGCGACGGAGCAUUGAGAAAGCUUGUCUGGUGGGGUAAUAUGCGAUUGGAUCCCUUGAUAACAUCGAGCGAGCGAGACGUAUCUCUUUGUGUCG